ACGCAACUGCCUGCAAGUUUAGUUGGGUUUCAAAGUAAACUUCCCUCCCCUUAGUCUAAAGUACAUACCUAUUAUUAUUAUGUCGCAUUAUUGUCGUGCUUACCUGCGUUAGGAAGGUCAGGCGGUAACGGACGUUACUGGACGCGGCAAACGACGGUGCAGGAGCACACAGCAACCUUAACUUCGGUGGAUUCAGUUGGCAGUUGCCUUGCCCCUCACUCCCUCAAUGAGGAGCCUUUCGAUGAAUCUGUCCCGAGGGGCCUUGAAAAGACUCCAGACAACCUCAAGACUCAGCAGCGUGCCAGUCCUAACCCGCAGCUCUUUUGUACCCCGGUGUAACUUUCCAGCAGCCGCCAAUCUGAAUUUGACUGGCGCCCACAACAAGCUUGUUGCAUCUACUCCAACCCGGUCCUACGCUUCACUAACCUUGGCCAAAAUGGACGCCGCCGAUCUCAAACACUAUCUCGCCGACUCCCCUCCAACUAUUGUGAGGUUGGAGAUUGAGAAGCAUUUCGAUGCUCUCACGGACCAGCAGAAGAGAUACGCACACUUCAUCAGCAAGGCUGCCUUUGCUGGCACCCGCAUUGUGCUACGACAGAUCUCGCCCGAGUCAGAGUCCAUUUACGACUUCAUUCUAGCUUUGUACAGGAGCUCCGGUGGUGACUGGGAGGCUCUGCAAGCCAAAGCCAAGAUCUCUGACGAGGAGCUCGAUCAAUUCUUGCAGUAUGCUGGCCAAUUCCUUGGCAACAAUGGCAACUACAAGAGCUUUGGCGAUGCCAAGUUCAUUCCCAGGUCCUCCGAGUCUGCUUUCGCUGCUCUGGCCGCCACCGACUCUGAUGCUGAGAAGCACUACAGGGCCACGAACGGCGCUAUCUUCUCCCAUGACCGUUCAGCCUUGAUGCACUUGGGCUACCCUGAGGAAGGUCACAUGACGACCUAUUAUCCAGAAUCUCCAAGCAUCACCAAGGAUGAUAUUGAUGCUGUUUCGGCCUGGAUGGAGAAGCAAGGUCUGCUGCCCGAGAACACCAGACUUCUCAAGUCAAGCGAGGGCAAUUUCCACAUUCUGAUUGCCUCGGCCGAUACCACUGUGCCUAGUGAGGGAGGCGACGUUGGCAAGGAAACCUCGUUCUCCGUCAACGAAGGACCGCUUUCGGGGAAAACUAUCAAACUCAUAUACGGCGAUUACGUUAACGAAAUGUCUGCCAUUGCAGAGAACAUCAAGAAGGCUGCUGAGAAUGGCGACAACGAGACACAGAAGAAUAUGUACAAGGCAUACGCCAAGUCGUUCGAGACGGGCUCGCUGCUUGCUUUCAAGGAUUCACAAAGAUAUUGGAUCAGAGACAAGGGCCCGGCAGUUGAGUCCAACAUUGGUUUCAUCGAGACCUACAGAGAUCCGGCCGGUGUCAGGGGCGAGUGGGAAGGCUUUGCCGCCGUCGUCAACCUCGAGAGAACAAAGGCGUUUAGCGGCUUGGUCAAGGCAGCUCCUGAGCUGAUCCCUAAGCUGCCAUGGAGCCAGGACUUUGAGAAAGACAAGUUCUUGGCACCCGACUUCACUUCUCUCGAGGUGCUUACUUUUGCGGGAUCUGGCAUCCCUGCAGGCAUCAACAUUCCCAACUACGACGAUAUUCGACAGACUGAAGGUUUUAAGAACGUUUCGUUGGGUAACGUCUUGAGCGCAAAAGCACCCAACGAGAAGAUCCCAUUCAUUGCGGAAAAGGAUCUGGAUGUUUACCGCAAAUAUCGAGACGAAGCCUUUGAGGUUCAGGUCGGUCUACACGAGUUGACAGGCCAUGGAUGUGGUAAGCUGCUUCAAGAAACUGCCCCUGGCGACUUCAACUUUGACAAGUCCAACCCCCCGAUAUCCCCCAUCACCAACCAGCCCAUCACCUCAUGGUACGGUCCUGGUCAGACAUGGGGCUCCGUCUUCGGCAGUGUCGCCGGUGCAUACGAGGAGUGCCGUGCUGAGCUUGUCGCUAUGUUCCUAUCGUGCGAUUUCCCAACUCUCAAAAUUUUCGGAUUCGGCGAUGGAACAGAGAACAUGGAUAGUGAAGCCGGCGACUUGCUCUAUGCUUCCUACCUUACAAUGGCUCGUGCUGGUCUUGCAUCGUUGGAGAUGUGGGAUCCCAAGAGCCGUAAGUGGGGGCAGCCUCAUUCGCAAGCUCGUUACUCGAUUCUGCAAUGCUUCUUGCAAGCCGGCGACGACUUCUGCAAGCUUGAAUAUGCAGGUGACGAUGUCAAUGGCUUGACCAUCAACCUGGACCGUUCGAAGAUCCUCACCACCGGCCGCAAGGCAGUGGGUGAGUACCUCCAGAAGCUGCACGUGUACAAGAGCACUGCCGAUUUCGAGACUGGCAGUAAAUUUUUCCUUGGCAUGUCAGAGGUUGACACUGAGUUUUGGGGCCAAAAGGUUCGUGGAGAAGUCCUCAGAGUCAAGCAGCCACGUAAGGUCUUCGUCCAGGCCAACACAUACUUGGACGAGAAGACUGGCCAGAUCACCGUCAAGCACUAUGACGCGACUCCGAAGGGCCUGAUUCAAAGCUGGGCUGAACGUAAUGUCUAGUUCGGUUCGGGUUUGCAUGGUAUCGCAUACAACUGAAUUCGUAUUGCCAUAGCAUAGCAUGCCUUGAAAAAUCAAAAUGUAAAUAAUUGACCUGUAAACACAGUUUGAUUCCUUUCUUA